AUGGGCAUUUCUCAACAGGGCAAAGAUGGCAACCAUCUAGCCACUGCCGAUACCAAAGGACACGAACAGUCAAUCCCUCCACAACAGCUUCCUCAGUUCGAGUCUCCAAACCUUUCAACUCCUUCCACUCCUCAGAUACUCGAAACCUUCCCUCUCAGAGACACCGACUGCGAUAGUGCCUAUGACGAUGGGCACAUCGACACUGCCAAUCUCUCCCACUACGAUCGCAAAAGCAAGGAGAGUUUCGAUUUGACUGACGCCAACAGAAUCAUCGCUCGCUACCAAUCUGCCAUCGAAGCCGCCCGCUGUUGCUACGACUCUGAGUCACCUCUUCGUCUCUCUGUCAAGAUUGUCGAGCUACCCUUUCUCAAGAGUACCUUGCUCCAAGCCAAGCCUUCCCGAUUCGCCUACAACUACAACACCCAGAUUGCCGAGCUGGAGAUGACAGAGUCCCUGUUGCACCAACUGUGCUGUCGUGGCCUCGAUAAUUUGAUUCAGCAAGCAUUGAAUCGGCUUCUAGAACACUUACGACGUCUUCUGGACUCGCACAACGCUAUCAAGCACAAGGCCGGCGACAUCAACCCAGCCGUUGACGAUGCACUCCGCGAUACCAUCAGACGCUUGAAGAAUGUUUACAGCUCAGGUACAUCCACCGUUUUCGUCCCGGGAUCUUGGGAAGCACAGCCAGAUGUAGCGUUCUCUGAGCAUACAACCCAGCCAUGGGCGGACAGGCUCCCAUCCAUCGUUGGGGAGGUUGCUUACAGCCAGACUGCCGCCGAUGCUGAAUGCAAGGCGCUCUCGUAUGUCACCAAAGGCGUCAGGUCUGACUGCAGCAGCCGCAUUCGUCUUGUCAUCAUUCUGGAUAUUUGCCAUUCAUCGCAGGGCGAAUCUGCCACCGUCGGCGUCGUGGCUGCAGCCAAUGAUCAGAUUAUCGACAGUCCACCAGCAUGGGUCAUGCGCAGAUGCGAGUUCUAUCGAGAAGGCGCACUUCAACAACCCGAGGGUGAGAUCCAUCUUUUUGCAUCCGACUUUCUUGCCGCCAUCGACGGCCUUCCCUGCGAACUGAGACGCAACUGCGCUGCUGGUAAAGACGCGGACGCAUCCUCUUCUUGCUCACACAGUAUUGGUCAUGCAACUAUCACUUUCGAGGACUUGCGAGGGGUCAUGAUGGAAGCAUGCCGCAUCAUGCGCCCGGUUUGA